AUGACACUCCGUUUGAAGCUAAAAUCCAAUCAACAAGCGACAGGAAUCUCCGCAUAUGCACCAACUCUACAGGCUGAACCUGAAGAUAACGAGAUAUUCUACUCCAUCUUUGACUCUGUGUUAACACAGAUUCUAUCCAAUCACAAGAUCAUUCUCCUUGGUGACGUCAAUGCUCGGGUUGGCAGAGAUCACUCUGUAUGGGAAAAUGUCAUUCGGAAGGAAGGGGUGGGCAAUGCUAACUCCAAUGGGAUCCAACUCCUGACCAAAUGUGCGGAGCACCAGCUGGUGAUAACAAACACUCUCUUCCGCCAAAAGAACAGGAAUAAGACUUCAUGGACACAUCCUAGAUCACACCACUGGCAUAUGAUUGACUAUGUCAUUGUACGUUGCUGUGACAUAAAAUACGUUCUGAUCACCAAGACAAUGACAUCAUCUGACGAGUGCUGGACUGAUCAUAGGCUAGUACGAUCCUCUGUGUCCUUUUUCAUUCGCAUAAAGCAGAGAAUGACGCCGAAACGGCAGAGGCCCAAGUAUAACCUAGGGAAACUUGAUCACCCAGAGAAACAAGCUGAGUUCCAGUCCAAAUUGACUGCAGCGCUGCUACACGUUGACGACAUCGAUGUUGAUUGUCUCUGGGAAGGUUUAAAGACCGCUAUUAAAACAGCUUGUGACGAAACAUUGGGCAGCCAGAAGUGGUGCCAUCAGGACUGGUUUGAUAACAAUGACGCAGAGAUAGAGCAUAUGAUUGCUGAGAAACGUAAAAUAUUAUCUGUUUGGCAGAAUGAAAUCAGUAAUGCUAUAAAGAAACACCAAUACCACGAAAUGAGAUCCAAAGUCCAACGCCGGGUCCGUGAGAUGGAAAAUAGUUGGUGGAUUCAAAAAGCACAGGAGAUUCAAGCUCUAUCCGACAGCAAUAGCAGCAAAGCCUUCUUUGAAGCCACCAAAAAGAUCUAUGGACCAACAUCCCAGGGUGUUAGGCCAGUUGCAGGCAAGGAUGGAACCCUUUACAAGGACUUGGCUGGCAUUCGUGACAGAUGGAAAGAACAUUUCUGUAAGUUACUGAAUCAGACUCCCUUGGUGAACAUUGACUCAAUUGCGAAUUUGCCUCAACUCUCCGUAAAAAGCCAUCUUGACGAGACACCGACUCUAGAGGAUAUUGCCACAGCUAUAGGUGCUAUGAAGAAAGGCAAAGCUGCUUCCCCUGAUGGUAUCUCCGCAGAAGCAUACGAGGCUGCUGGUCCAGUUCUCAUUGAGAAACUGCAAGUACUUUUCACGCGAAUCUGGGACGAGGAAUUACCAGCGAUCUUCAAGAUGCUCUGA